AUGAGCACGAGCAUAUUGACAGCCGUGGCCGGUGCACGGCUUUUGCAGUACCUGGAGAUGCGCUUCGGCGUGGCGGCCCAGCUGUGCGCCGGCAUUGCCUUCUCGCUGCAGAUGGUGCUCUACAUGGGCAUAGUGCUGUACGCGCCCGUGCUAGCCAUCCGCGCCACCACAGGACUUCCUAGGAAAGAAAUAUGUAAUAUCUGCGACAAGUUGGUAACAGACGUAAACAAACACAUGAAGAGACACAAUUUCGCGUCUGGAAAGAUGACAUGUACCGAGUGCAAUACAUUUAGAUGCUCUCGGAGGCAAGAACUGAUACACCAUUUGGAGUGUGUUCACCAACAGAAAAUGGAGUGCAAGGAAAUGACAUUUAAUUCUGUGGAAGAGUUCUUUCUGUGGAAGGAACAGAUGGAAGCUGAAGAGAAGGUUUCCUUCAUAAGACCAAGGGGAAAACAGAAAUGUGAUUAUUUUGUUUGCCACCGUUCUGGAUAUGUUGACAAAACAGCUUCAGGCAGAAGGUUAAGGGAACCUUCAAUCAAAAUUGGCAGCACGUGCCCUGCCUGUUUGGUAGUAAAAAAUGUGUCAUCUAACAUGGUUAAUGUCAAGUUCUACAGGACACACACAGGACACAGUCUCUCUGUGGGUAGCCUACAUCUGACCACAGCUGACAGGGCAAUGGUUGCUGAAUUAAUUGCACAAGGUGUUCCUGAUACUACAAUUUUGAAGAAAACAAGAUAUUAG